AGAGAGAGAGAGAAAGAGAGAGAGAGAGAGAUUGCCAACCACAGUUGCGUUACGAACCACGUUUCUUUCUCACCCAAGAAUCCUCUAUUUAGGGAGCUCUGGUCCUCACAACUCCUCUUUUCUUAACAACAUUUCGAUCUUUCUGUUACACUAUUCUCUCUCUCAAUCUCUCUCUCUCUCUGCAUAUUUUCUGCCAUCCGGGUUUAAGCUAUUUCUGUCUUUGUUUUCGUAGCUUAGUUUUCAAAAACCCACCAAUUCAGCCUUUAUAAACACUCCUAACCUUGAAACAGAGGAAAUUAGAAAGGAUUAAAGGAAUUUCUGGAAUGGAAAACGAUUCCGGCCUCUGUAGGGAUGAAGAGCAAAUGGAACUGCCGCCGGGUUUCCGGUUCCACCCGACGGACGAAGAACUAAUAACCCACUAUCUAUCCGAAAAGGUCCUCGAUAGCUGCUUCUAUGCUAGAGCCAUUGGAGAUGUAGACUUGAACAAGGUUGAACCCUGGGAUUUGCCUUGGAAAGCGAAAAUGGGCGAAAGAGAAUGGUAUUUCUUCUGUGUUAGAGACAGGAAGUACCCAACGGGGUUGAGGACUAACAGGGCUACCGUCGCCGGUUACUGGAAAGCUACCGGAAAAGAUAAGGAGAUUUUCAAGGGGAAAGCCCUGGUCGGAAUGAAGAAAACCUUGGUCUUUUACAAAGGGAGGGCUCCAAAAGGAACAAAAACAAACUGGGUCAUGCAUGAGUAUAGGUUAGAGGGCAAUUAUUCCCUCUACAACUUGCCUCAAACAGCACAGAAUGAAUGGGUGAUUUCUAGGAUUUUCCAAAAGAACGCAAGUGGAAAGAGGACGCAUAUUUCUGGGUUGGUGAAAAUGAGGAGUUCCGAAGACGAAUUUCAGACUUCGAAUCUGCCUCCUCUAAUGGACUGCUCUGCUGCUUUCGAAGGCCAAACGAGAAGCACGGCCGGCUGUGCUUCUCACGUGACCUGCUUCUCCGACACACCGGAGGAGAAAAACCCACAUGACCGAAUGGCUGAUAGCUUCGUCAACCCGCUCCUCGCCUCUUCCUCUAAUUCGAAGCCUCUGUUUCCGAAAGACUCUUCUGUUUCGGACUCUCUGUUUUCGUCCCAAUUCGUGCCGAACAUGGAGAGUUUCAAUUACCUGGAGUCCACCCUGAUGCAAGAUCAGUCUAUGAUGAGGUUUCUGUUCAAUAAUAUGAAGAGGGAGUCAAGGGAAUUCUCUACCGACACCGGGAUGAGUACCGAUAUGUCGUCGGUUCUGUCGGGCCACGAAAUGGACCCGAUUCUUUCAGCUGGACCUAUGGAUCUUGAUUGUCUGUGGAAUUAUUGAAUUUGAAGAUGAAAUUGUAGAAAGUAGUAGGAUAAAGAAUAUUGGGAGGAAAUUAAGGGGAGAUUUUUCAUUAGUCAUCAUGCAAGUUGUUAGUAAUGUUAUUAUCAAGUUGUUGUUUGUGCGUUAGGGUGUAUAGAUUUUUCAUUACCAAUCAUUGUAGUAAAAGACAUCCCUCUGUGUGUUGUAAAAAGCAAACAAAUCGUUUGUCUCUC